UCAGAAGUGGAGCAGCCAGGACUGAAACUGGCUUAGGCCACAGUGCUGCAACACCAGUCCCAGUUCCAAGCCUCUGGCCGUUGCUUGGUCUUUCUGUGAGCAGCUCCCAGCCAGGAACCCACCAAGAGCUGCCUGAUUAGGACAAAAGCUGCUCCCACCAGCCAGGAAUUCCUAAGGAUGUAGAAGCUGUGGGUCAAGAAUUGGGGUCAAAAACAAAAUAUUACAGCAAAAGACACCGGCUAUAGUCCUGCUGGCUAUGGAGCUACAAGGGUUUUGGGAGCUCCAGAUGGGCACCAAGGAGGAAGACCUGUUUGUUUCUUGUAGCUCUGAGGCUGAUCUAGAAUGUGAACUUGAAUUCCUAGGUGUUCCCCUAAAUGGAAUAGGAGAGCUGUGUGAGGAAACUCUUGUGAGAAGCAAUCAGAGCUGCUCUGUCCUCUUCCUGCCUUGUUCCCCUCGGGGCUCAGUCUGCCUGUCAGGUGGGCCACCUGCUGACCACAGGCAGAUGCUGAGCUGCCCAUUCCCUGAAGAUCUUCCCAGGCCCCGAGGGUGCGGGGUGUCCUAGGACCCAGGACGUGGGCAGUCUUCCUGAGGACCUUCCUGAGCCCAGAUCCGUCCAGCCGAAGCUUGCGUCUCGGCUGAGCCCCUCGGAGCCUCUGAUGACGAGAGAGCGAUUCCUCCCGGUGACGUGCCUCUGAGCGCUCUGCUGCGGAAUGAUGGGAAGUCUGCCCAGCAGAGGGAAAACGCUGCCAAGUCCAAGCUCGGACCCCUCUGCCCAAGGCCGAGACCCUGUGGCCCUGCAAGCAGAGAAGAGCAAGGCCGCAGCUGUGGCCCUGGGCAGCUUCCCGGCAGGCAGGCAGGCCGAGCUGUCCCUGCGACUGGGGGAGCCGCUGACCAUCGUCUCCGAGGAUGGAGACUGGUGGACAGUGCUGUCAGAAGCCUCGGGCCGGGAGUACUGCAUCCCCAGCGUCCACGCGGCCAGAGUCUCCCACGGCUGGCUGUAUGAGGGCCUGAGCCGGGAGCAGGCUGAGGAGCUGCUGCUGCUGCCUGGGAACGCUGGCGGGGCCUUCCUCAUCCGGGAGAGCCAGACCAGGAGAGGCUGUUACUCCCUGUCCGUCCGGCUCAGUCGCCCUGCGUCCUGGGACCGGAUCAGACACUACAGGAUCCAGCGCCUUGACAACGGCUGGCUGUACAUCUCGCCGCGCCUCACCUUCCCCUCGCUGCGGGCCCUGGUGGACCACUACUCAGAGCUGGCGGACGACAUCUGCUGCUGCCUCAAGGAGCCCUGUGUCCUGCAGGGAGCCGGCCCGCGCCCCGGCAGGGACAGGUCCCUCCCUGUGACUGUGCAGAGGGCGCCCCUCAACUGGGACCAGCUGGACAGCUCUGCCCUGUUUUCUGACGGGUCGGCUGCCACCGGCCAGGCGUCUCUCCUGAGCGAGGGGCUCCGGGAGUCCCUCAGCUCCUACAUGAGCCUGACAGACAGCUCCCUGGACGACGCCAAGGCCCACAGCAGAGGGCGAAAGGGGAACCGAGACUGCAGCACGUAGAAUUCGAACCCAGCUCAAGCAGACCGAGCCC